CAUAUGAAUGAUCUUAUAUUCAAUACUUGGUCGCCCGCGAGAUGUCAAGGAAAACAAAGAAAACAUCUCUAAUUAACUUGUUUUUCUUGCCAGGAGAGUAACAUGAGAAAGUGGCCAACAAAUCGAUUACAUCAUUGAAGGGUGACGGGAUUACAGGAAAGCGGCUUUCGCACUAUGAGACAUGUGCAGGAAACGCCUACAUGUGGACACCUGAAAUUUUGUUUCCUUUCAUGUCUGGCUUUGUUCAAUCUCAUGUUAAAGCCAACUGUCACGCUCGACGCCUACAUGUGUAAGGUAAUGACUCGAAUAUCCUCCUACCCAAAAGACAUGGUUUCAAAUAUAACUAACAUUAGUCUGUUAUCAAAUAUGUAUCUCUAUCUAUAUAUCGGACAAACAGUAAUAUAGUUACAGGAUCAGACUUCUAAAAUCCAUCGUAAGAAUAUAUAUUUUUUCUAACUAAUAAACCAAAUCUCAAGGAAUACCAUUUCAAAGAUAUAACUAUCUUAGCUCAUAUUCAAUAUAUUCAACUACCAAAAUUCCCCCCGUUGAUAUCACUUGUCCAACUUGUCGCUAGUUGAAAAACCUAAAGAAUAUUUAAGACUAAUGAUCCAUUCUAUCGCCCAAUCGGACGAUUUUGCACAUUAGAUUAAAGUGUAGGGACUAUUUAUAUUAUUAUCCCUUCUUUGGUUGAUGAACGAUAAUAAACCUAAGAUGCUGGACUUAGACACUUUACUGAAAAAGUUUAGUGGCAAAGACAUUCAUUUUCUUUUAGCAAUAACUUUCUCUUCUUCACAUUUGUGACGUAAGAAAGCAAUUCUGGACAAUAUACCGAUAAGAUCGUCUCACAUAAAGCUGUCUGAAUUGACGCUUCACAUGCAUUCUGCUCGCAUGAAUAGCAUGCAUGCACUUACUGCACAAGAUUAGGUGACAAACGCACAUGUCAAAUCGAUCUUUUGACUUAAGUAGGCAAUUGGCUCGAACCUAAGGCGGAAUUUUUGAAUUGGAGGGCCAUAACCAUGAACAAUGGAAAAAUCGAGGAUUGAAUCCUCGACACCUUUUCGCUUUUGGAGGAACCGUUUUUUUUCCAAAAACUUGAAUGAUUAGAAAAAGGGCCAACAAUGAAUUUUCAACGAAUGAGUUCAGUCAUUUCAGGGAUUAUCGAAAUUGAAGGAAAGCAUUCUGCACGACACUAAUAUUACGUGAUAUGUCGAUGAGAUCUCGCUCAACCAAAUCAAUUAUUUUCAAUCAUUGUAACGAUCUUCAAAUGUGAAUACACGAUGGCAAAAAGGGACUGGAUUGAAAGACAAUAGGAGGAAGGGUUAAAAAGAGGCAAAGUAGCUGAACAUGUCACGUAGCUGCGAGAAAGAGCUAGAAGCCCAAAACCAGAACGUUCCCUUAGGCUUAACCUCGUUCGAGAAAUCUCACGAACGUACGGGAAGACAAACUCUUCUCCCAAUAAAUACCCCAGCACGUCCCUCUCUUUCCGACAAGAAUCCAGAAAGAAAGCAAGUCACCAAGAACUCCAAACCCGUGCAGAAAUCUCCUCCGAAAUAAAGCUUCAAUCGACCGAACUAUUCAGAGACGAUGUCGCUCAUUCCAAGCUGGUUCGGUGGCCGACGCAGCGAUGCUUUCGACCCGUUCUCUCUCGACCUCUGGGAUCCCUUCAAGGACUUCCCUUUCCCUUCCUCUUCCCUCUCCGCCUCCAAUUUCCCUCGGACUUUCCGGGAAAAUUCAUCCUUCGUCAACACCAGGAUCGACUGGAGGGAAACCCCGGAAGCCCAUGUGUUCAAGGCCGAUCUUCCCGGGCUCAAGAAAGAGGAAGUGAAAGUCGAGGUCGAGGACGAUCGGGUGCUCCACAUUAGGGGAGAGAGGAUGGUGGAGAAGGAGGACAAGAACGACAAGUGGCAUCGAGUGGAGCGAAGCAGCGGGAAGUUCAUGAGGAGGUUCAGGUUGCCCAAGAAUGCGAGGAUGGAUCAGGCCAAGGCUUCGAUGGAGAACGGAAUGCUCACCGUCACUGUCCCGAAGGUGGAGGAGAAGAAGCCUGAGGUCAAGGCUAUUGAGAUCUAUGGUUGAGUCUGUGACGGAAUUACUUGGAGUUUUCCUAGCCAGCAGUUUGUGCAGUGUAUCAUGAACUUUGUUCAUGAGCACAAGCCAGAGAAGAGGGUCGACCUGGUAGUCCCUGUUAUAAUCGAAAAAUUAUCCGCAUUACGACAUUGUGGAC